UCUGUAACCUACUAAAACUGUUAGCAAGUUGAGUCACAUUUCUGUGCCUCAGUGUCUUCAUCUAUAAACUGUGGAUAAUAGUAUUUAAUACCUGCCCCUGGGCACCUUUGUCCUCAAGAUUGGGUAAGAUGAUGUUGGCUGGCAAAGCACUCAGUUUUCCCUCCCAUCUGAGGUGACCAUGGCACACAGCAGGGAGGGAAGGUUGGGCAGGCAGUGUGGGCUGGGGCAGGGUCACAGCAGGUGAAUGAGGUGUCACAGUUGUCUCCUCUGUCUACUGCCGAGGUUUUGGGGGCUGCUGGGAAAUUGGUAGCACUGAGUCCUGUCUUGUGUUUGGGAGCCCAGCGUGGGCCCCUGCCUGCUUGUCUCCCUCCCCUCUCUUGCCCAGGCCGGGGCCUGGAUCCAGGGUUCCCAGAGAUGCCAGUGCAGUGGUAAAGGUCAUGGCUAGGGGUCAGGUAGUGCCCAGUCUCAAUCCCUGCCCUACCGCAUCCUGGAGGUGUGGGUUUGGGAAACAGCUUAACUUCCCCGAGCCUCAUUUCCUCAUUUGAGAAGUGGGGUGAUCGUGAUUGGUUACUGGGAGGAUUAAAUGAGGUCAUGCAUGCAAAGGCCGUAGCCCCGCACCUGGCGUGCCGCGUGCUGAUUACCCUGCGCUCCCACAGCUGCUGCAGGUGGCAGAGUGGGUGGCUGUGGAAGGCUGAUUGUCUACGUUCUCUACCUUGGGCCCUUCCCCACUUCGGCUGCACAUUUACUCAUUCAACAAGCAUUUGCUGAUGCCGACCCCCGCCCUGCCUGUCCAGCCUCGGCUUCCACUGCCCAGACUGCCAGCUUGAGCCUCUGUGCAGUGUCUGGCUCCAACACAGCCAUGCCCUGCGGGGGCCUCUGAGUAGUUAGGAUUCUAGGGACAAGCUCAGUUUCUUGAAGCUGGGGACCCAGGGGAAGCACCUGAAGCAGCCGGAGGAGGUGACGCGGUGCUGGGCCGUGCAGGGGGAGCGGCAGUUGGCUCCAUGGAGAGGUGGGGGCGGAGCAUUCCAGGCAGAGGGGACAGCAUGAAGGUUCAGCACAUGAUGGAUGACCAGGAGCUGCAGAGGGAGGGAGGUUCACUGUGGCUGAGACAAGGGUACCAGGGGCCAGGGUGGCUGUGAGGAUGGAGAGGCUGCAGGGACAAAGGCAGGACAGACCUUGCAAGCAGUGUCCUCCUCACCAUGGCUGAAGCAGCACCUGCUGUGUGCGCCUCUGAGCUGCAGCCGGGCCCGGGAGCUAGCGGUGGAUCUGCCCACUUAGUGCCUGCCUUCCAAAAUUCUGCACAAGGUGCAAAUGUUAGAGCGACUCCUGAGGCCAGCCCCAGGUACACUAAGAUGAAGACGGCCACCAACAUCUACAUCUUCAACCUGGCCUUGGCCGACGCACUGGCCACCAGCACGCUGCCCUUCCAGAGUGCCAAGUACUUGAUGGAGACGUGGCCCUUUGGCGAACUGCUCUGCAAGGCCGUGCUCUCCAUCGACUACUACAAUAUGUUCACCAGCAUCUUCACGCUCACCAUGAUGAGUGUCGACCGCUACAUCGCCGUGUGCCACCCUGUCAAGGCCCUGGACUUCCGCACACCCGCCAAGGCCAAGCUGAUCAACAUCUGCAUCUGGGUCCUAGCCUCGGGUGUUGGUGUGCCCAUCAUGGUCAUGGCAGUGACCCGUCCCCGGGACGGGACGGUGGUGUGCAUGCUCCAGUUCCCCAGCCCCAGCUGGUACUGGGACACGGUGACCAAGAUUUGCGUGUUCCUCUUCGCUUUCGUGGUGCCCAUCCUCGUCAUCACCGUGUGCUACGGCCUCAUGCUGCUGCGCCUGCGCAGCGUGCGCCUGCUGUCGGGCUCCAAGGAGAAGGACCGCAGCCUGCGGCGCAUCACGCGCAUGGUGCUCGUGGUGGUGGGCGCCUUCGUGGUGUGCUGGGCGCCCAUCCACAUCUUCGUCAUCGUCUGGACGCUGGUGGACAUCGACCGGCGCGACCCGCUCGUGGUGGCCGCGCUGCACCUGUGCAUCGCGCUGGGCUACGCCAACAGCAGCCUCAACCCCGUGCUCUACGCCUUCCUCGACGAGAACUUCAAGCGCUGCUUCCGCCAGCUCUGCCGCAAGCCCUGCGGCCACCCGGAACCCGGCAGUUUCAGCCGCGCCCGCGAGGCCACGGCCCGCGAGCGGGUCACCGCCUGCACCCCAUCCGAUGGUCCGGGCGGAGGUGCGGCCGCCUGACCAGGCCAGGCCGCCCCCGCCCCCAGGUGCCCCUCCGAAGCGACCCCGCGGCCACACCGAGUCCUAACGCGGGGCGGAGGCCGCGAUCCGGAAUGGGGCAGUAGAGGGUCGGAGGCUUGGGACCGGCAGCGGGGCCUCUGCAUUGGAGAAGGGGGCCAGGCAGUGGAUUGGCAGACUGCAGAUUGCUGGGGCCAUGCCUCUGGGCUGGCCGCACUGUCAACCGCUCUAGGGUGGGCGGAGGAGCUAGGGACUCCGGAAGAGUGGAGUGACACAGGGACCUGUGACUGCCGAACUGGGCCCCCAAAUGGGGACUCCGCAGUGGGGCGGGGCCUCACCCUUGGGACAGCCUCCAGUUAUAACCCAGAGCGGAGCAUUCGGGAGCAGGGGUCUGUCCUGAGACCUGAGUCUCCUGGGCCCAGGACCCAGGAGGGACAGUGGUGGGGACAGUUGCUUGAGAACUGAGCUGCAAGGUUGGACCUCUGUGUAGUGGCAAGGGGCCUCUUCUGGGGCAAGACAGCAGGACAGGACAGGCUGGCAUGGCUACAGCUCAAGAUUUGGUUGCAAGGUAGAAGGCCGGUGUGCAGGGGGUGGGGCCUCGACUUGGGGUCGAGUCCCAGCUUCUUGAGUUCUAGCAAGGGCAGGGUUUGGCGAGGGCUAGGUCCAGCUUGAUAUCUUUAUGAAUAAGAAUAUAAAAGGAAGAGAGAAACAAUAUACCUUUUCUCUCCGACAUGUAUUUCCUUGGAACCCGCAGGGAUGCUUCAGCAGGGAAGUAGUGGCCACAGCACCUCGUUCCAGUGGGGCUUGGACCAGACAGCAAAGGGGCCCGCCCACAGCUCCAGGAUAGAGCAGUGAGACUGGCCUCGGUUGGAGUAGGGUCCCCAGCCCUGAGUUCUAACAGGGGCCCAGAGGCUUGGGAAGGAGACAGAAGGCCCCUCCGCUCUAAAACCCACACUUGGAGGGGGCGCCUGUGCCAAGGGGUGGGUGGGCUGAGGCAGAGGGGCGGGCUCUGCUCGAGGUUCACCCCUCAAGCUGGAGAGUCCCCAGGGCCCUGGCUUCUCUGUCCAGGUACUAGAGGACAAAGGACCGUGUACUUAGAGCCCCAUGGAUGAUAAGUGGCAUCUGGAAGUGGGUGGCGGGUAUCAGAAGCAUCGGUGCAGACUUGGUGCUGGGUCUUGUGCCCCCGAUAGGAACCUGGGAGAAAUCCCCUCCCCCAACGUGUGUCUGGUGCCAAGGACUGCAAUGAACUAGAACUGCCCAUGUGGGGACCGGACUGUGAAGGAACUGGGAGAAGGAGGCUUUCCUAACUGCCCCACUAGCGUCAGCGUGUGCUCCGUCCCUUUCCCCGCAGCUUUCCCUGGCCCCCACCUGCUCCAGCCCAGCUGCCCCCUUCCAGCCGCUGAGGGCGGCAUCCACCCCCAGUUGGGAGAGAGGUUUUCUCUCCAUUUGUGUGGCAUUGUAUUCAGGCGCUGCCAGAUCUUUGCUUCCCCCAAUGUCAGAGUCUGUCCUGUUCCCUGUGCCUCCCCCAGGCGCCAUCCCCCCACCCCGCCCCUCCCUCACAGACGCUGCCUCAGAGUCGCACCCCUGACACCCUUCUGAAGCGGGUGCGCUGACAUCCUUGUAAAAACAAAUUUAAUUUUCUUCCCUUUUUGGGACGAAUGGAAAGAAAUUGACGUCUUUGUCUCAAACAAAAGGAAAAAGAUAAAGAAACAAUAUACCUCUUUCCCUUUGACAGCCAUUUCUUUGGAACAAAAGCCGGGAGGCUGUCACUCCACAGAGACUGAAUAGCAUUCAGGGGCUUGUAGACUUAGGCACCGAGAUGGGCUUUGGGCACCUUCAGGGAAGGGAUGACCUCAGGGGGCAAAGGAUAGCCCCUUCUCAGGGUGAGGUCCCCAGAAGCCCCAGACUUGGGGAUGUUCUUCCUUCAGGAAAUGGCUCCCCGGGGGCCCGGAAAGCUAUGGGGCAGUGCCCAGCACACACAUCCAGCCUGCUAAGCCACUGUGACCUGGGGUCCCAACCUUCCCAGAUCACCCUCCCCACCCAUAUGGACCACAGAGACGUCUGUGUCUGAGCGAGGGCAGGCGAUCAGUAAGUCGGGGACACUCCUGGACACUGAUCAUCUGGGACUCCUCUUGCUAAUGCUUUGGGGGUAUGGCAGGGAAAGGGGACGAUUUAGGAACCAGAGGAGACUCCGGAAUGAGGUAAUGUUAGAGCCAGGCUGUUUAUUCUCCUCCCAAAGACUGUGUCCCCUUCGGCCCCUCCUAGGACAGAGCUGUUUCAAGGCUGCUUAAAGUCUGCUCAUUGCCGUCUCCUGGGGCUGUAACUGAUCUGGCUGCUUUUUACCCCUUCUGGUAGAUAAAUUUGUCCUGGGUACAGCAGGCACUGGGUCCAGACCACGUGUGCUUAAAAUAAGGCAAACUUGGAUUGGAAUCUGCUUCAUGCGAGACACGUGCUCUGGGCACUGGGACCUGGAAAUGAGUCAGACGUGGCCCUGCCCAAUGCUGGGAGACACAGUUGCAUCUCAGUGUGGUGAGAGUAGUGACAGAGCCCCAGGGAAGGUGUCCCCAGGGAAGUGCCUUUUCUCGCUUUUUACUAAAACACCUUUGUAGCAAUUCCCUUAAAGGUGGAAAAGGGACAGGGGGC